UUAUCUACAGCUCCCAUUUGAAGGCUACAACUUGAGUACAUUUCAGUAGUCAACAGACUGAGCUAGAAGUUGGAUACCUUGUUGUUAAUUGCUCGGUGGACAUUUGUAACGCCUGGAAAGUGUAUUCUGGAUAAAGCAAGGCGUCUUUAUUGGGACAGCUGUCAUUUUAAAGUUAGUUUCAAUUCACACACAGAUGUAAGUGACUGAUAGCUUCUUUCUCAUUUCAGCGUGAAUGUAGACUACCUCUGUCCGAAUAACUGGAAUGUUAUCUAAAAUUCCGUUGUAUUCUGAACCCGCUGAGAUGGCAGUUGUCAUAGUCUAACUAAGCCUGUGAGGGCUGGGGCCGGAGUGAGGGACUGUCCAGACAGUCUCCAAAACGGAAGAUGUGUGAAACAGAGGAUGAGAGGAGUGCUCAGGCGAGGCAGCUCUUUGAGAACUUUGUCCAGGCGUCCACAUGUAAGGGCACUAUGCAGGCCUUUAGUAUCUUAUGCAGGCAGAUGGAUCUGGACCCGCUGGACUACAGGAACUUCUACAGCAACCUCAAAGCCACGGUCACCAACUGGAAGGCAAAGGCCCUCUGGACCAAACUGGACAAGAGAGCCGGCCACAAGGAGUACAAGAAAGCCCAAGCCUGUGAGGGCACAAGGUGUCUGAUCAUCGGAGGUGGCCCCUGUGGUCUGCGUACGGCCAUUGAGCUGGCUCUGCUGGGGGCCAAGGUGGUGGUGAUAGAGAAGAGGGACACCUUCUCCAGGAACAACGUGCUGCAUCUGUGGCCCUACACCAUCCAUGACCUCAGGGGCCUCGGGGCCAAGAAGUUCUACGGUAAAUUCUGUGCUGGAGCCAUAGACCACAUCAGUAUUCGCCAGCUCCAGCUCAUGCUACUGAAGGUCUCCCUCAUUGUGGGGGUGGAGGUCCAUGUCAACGUGGAGUUUGUCAAACUGUUGGAGCCACCGGAGAACCAGGAGAAUGAAGGGCCUGGAUGGAGAGCAGAGAUCAGACCACAAAACCACCCCCUCGUUGACUUUGACUUUGACGUGGUGAUUGGUGCAGAUGGACGCAGAAACACGCUAGACGGUUUCAGGAGGAAAGAGUUCCGGGGCAAGCUGGCCAUAGCCAUCACAGCCAACUUCGUUAACAGGAAUACCACAGCCGAGGCCAAGGUGGAGGAGAUCAGCGGCGUGGCCUUCAUCUUCAACCAGAAGUUCUUCCUGGAGCUCAAAGAGGAAACCGGGAUUGAUCUGGAGAACAUUGUGUACUACAGAGACAACACACACUACUUUGUGAUGACUGCGAAGAAGCAGAGUCUGCUGGACAAGGGAGUCAUCAUUCAUGAUCACGUUGAAACAGAGAAGCUGCUGGGCAGAGACAACGUGAACCAGGAGGCUCUUCUCUCCUACGCCCGUGAGGCAGCCGACUUUGGCACCAACUACCAGUUGCCCUCUCUAGACUACGCCUUCAACCACUGCAGCCAGCCCGACGUGGCCAUGUUCGACUUCACCUGCAUGUGCGCCUCGGAGAACGCAGCUCUGGUCAGGGAGAAGUACGGACACCAGCUACUUGUGUCCCUGGUGGGGGACAGUCUACUGGAGCCCUUCUGGCCCAUGGGGACUGGCUGCGCUCGAGGCUUCCUGGCUGCCUUUGACACGGUGUGGAUGGUGAGGGGCUGGGCGCAGGGCAAGACCCCCCUGGAGAUCCUGGCUGAAAGGGAGAGUCUCUACAGGCUAUUACCCCAAACAACGACAGAGAACAUCUCAAAGAACUUUGAGCAGUACACCAUUGACCCGGUAACACGGUACCCAAACCUCAACUCCAGCUAUGUCAAGCCACAUCAGGUGUGUCACCUGUUCAUAGACGGGCAGCAGAACUCCUAUCCUCUGGAAGGCUGUGGACAUAGAUCUGUCAAUCUCUCCAGACGGGAGUCGGACAUCCGGCCAAGCCGCCUCCUCACCUGGUGUCAGAAGCAGACCAUGGGUUAUAGAGGCGUGGACGUCACCAACCUCACCUCCUCCUGGAAGAGUGGCCUGGCGCUCUGUGCUCUUAUACACCUCAUCCGACCUGACCUCAUUGACUUUGACUCCCUGAAUGAGGAGGACUCAGCCAAGAACAACCAGCUGGCCUUUGACAUAGCAGAGCGUGAAUUUGGUAUCCAGCCUGUGACCACGGGGAAGGAGAUGGCUCUGGACCAGGACCCAGACAAGCUGAUGAUGGUGCUGUACAUCUCUAAGGUUUACGAGAUGUUCCGCAACUCACCUGCAUCCAUCACUGGUACAAGAGAAACGGAUGAAAACAAUGAGGACUAUUUGUCCGAGUCUGCAAACUCAGUUUGCAACUUAAUGAACCAAACACAGCCAAGAAAGAGGAUCCCAAAGGAUGACAAGAGGCUGGAGGAAGAUGACCCAAUGAGCAAAAGACGAAGAAAGGGCAACUACUUAGAGUUGUCCUGUCAGAGUGCCCCCCCUGCAGGUGAGGGCGGAGAGCAGAGUAAGGUACGCUCCAUGGCCACCCAGCUGCUGGCCAAGAUUGAGGAGAAUGCAGUGCCUGGCGGUGCCCUGCGCAAUAAGUGCAAUGAGAGUGCUGCACCAAGUAGAAUGAUUCAAAAAACAAUUGUUCGAUCUGAACGCUGUCCAGCUGAGACCUCUCAGCCUGCCAAACAGUGUGUUGGAAGGAAGGAGUUUCCUCAGAACCUGGGAGGCAGUGACAUGUGUCACUUCUGCUCCAAGCGUGUGUACGUGAUGGAGCGUCUCAGCGCUGAGGGCUACUUCUUCCACAGGGAGUGUUUCCGCUGUGACGUCUGCAGCUCCACACUACGCCUGGGUGGACAUGCCUACAACUCCAAACAGGGGAAGUUUUAUUGCAAGCUUCACUAUUCUCAGCGCCAACCCAGGCAUCAAAGUUCAAGCAAGUUCCAGAGGAGAACGAAGGACCAGGGACAUCUGACCUCUUCGCUGGGUGGGAGUGACCCCAACUCAACCACAGGCAGCCUACAGAGCCAGCCGCCAGAACAUUCCAGUACCAAGUCAUCCCUCCCAUCUGGGAACAGCAGAUGGAAGAGGAAGAUCCGUGCUACUCUCCCUCUCAUCCUGGUGAGGCACUUCUCACGUGAAAAAGCUGCAGAAAAAGAGGAGCCCAACAUUGAAGAGGCCAACUCUGAUUUUGAGGAGAUUGAACCACCGCAGGUCUCCCAUGAUGGUCCUAAACCACCUGCAGAUUCUCAGAAUCAGAGUUCAUCGAUGGGUAAAGAAGAGUGCCCUGUCACAAAAGUGCCCCAGCUGGAGGAAGCAGUCGGCCGUAAGAAAAGGCUGACACUGUCCCUGUCUGAGAGAGAGAAACUCCUGGACUGGAACCUGGCUACUCGAGAGGAGGCCCAAGGCCCUGGAGGAGGAGAUCCUUCCACACAUCCCAAACCUGGGGACCAGAUCCCCCCGAAAGACCUAUUGCCUCAGAUAGAGGCAGAACCAGUCCCAGCUCAGCCCCAGCCAGCUCAGCCCCAGCCAGUUCCGUCCGCAUUCCAGGUGUGGGCCAAUGCUUUCAGGAGAUCUUUUGGAGUAUCAAGGACAACAACAGACUCCAACACGGUUGUCACCAGGAGGAAAAACAACAGUCCCACCAAGCGUAGGCCUCUGUCUGAUGGAGCCUUCAGCUUUCGCUCCCUGAUUGGGGAUACGGCCCAAAGCCAGGAGGCCCAACCAGUGGAAGUGGGGCCGAAGAGCCAGCCAUCCCCACAUCCACUCAAGGCCUCCAUGGGUGACAGACCCACAGACCUGCCCACGCUACUGGAACAGGUCUCCCUAAGCAGCAACAAGUCUGUAGGAUCCUUCACCACAGACGACAUGGCUUCACUGCCGCCCAGGAAGCUCAACUUUUUCUCCUCCCUGAGGCUGAAGAAGAGGGGGGCGGAGAGCGUGGGAGUGGGAGGUCAGGAGAAGGACAUCAGGACCAUCCUGUCCAACAUCAGGAACCAAGCCUCCAGCAAACAGCAGAAAGAUGAGUCCGACUCCUCAAGUGACGAUGAGCACGUCCCAGCCAAACAGAAGUUCCAUGGGAGCUCGGAGAGACAGAGGAGGAGACGGGAGAAAACUGUGAUUCAACAGGCCAAGCGAGAGCAGCUGAAGAGGCUCCACAGAGCCCAGAUCAUUCAGAGGCAGCUGGAGGAAGUGGGGGAGAAGCAGAGAGACCUGGAGGAGAGAGGGGUGACCAUUGAGAAGGUCCUUCGAGGUGAAGCCCCAGACAAAGGUGAUGGUCUCUCUGAUGAGCACGAGCUCCUCCAAAUGUGGUUCAAGCUGGUCCUGGAAAAGAACAAACUGGCACGCUAUGAGGAAGAGCUAGUCAUAUUUGCUCAGGAACUCGAGCUGGAGGACAGACAGAGUCAACUACAGAUAGAUCUACGACGCAGGAUGUCAGUAGACGACUCCAGGAAGAGCUCCAGUGAGCUGGCGGAGGAGCAGCAGAUGCUGACCGAGAUCAUGAAGGUGGUGGAGAGGAGAGACACUCUGGUCAGCCUGCUGGAGGAGCAGCGGCUGCAGGAGAGGGCUGAGGACAGAGACCUGGAGAGCCUGGUGCUGUCUCGGGGCUACCAGUUCCAUUGGACCUGAGGAGUUGCAGCCCUCUGGGGCAGGGAACAUGAUAACAGUACCAUGCAGCUCUAUGGGUAGAGGUGACAAGUGACUACACUACUGGAUUUGGCCUCAGUCGGCAUGAUGACCUUUUGAAUAUGUAUAUAGGUUUUACUUGUCAAUUCCUACUUGAGGAUCACAUCUCUUAUAGACCUGAGGGUUGUACAUCCAGUGUCUGUAUGCCUAGUCUUUCUUGGCAGCCUUCUGAGAUGACUGUAUGCCUAACCAAGAACACCUCAUAUUCUGUCGUAUGAAUGGAAUAAAUGAAAUAUGAUUUAGUUUUUUUGAAUUUGUCAGUUGCACUGGAAAGCACUUACAAACACUACAGAAACCCAAAGAUUCAUCCUAUCAAGUAUGUUUUCGCUCUCAAAGCAAAAUGUAUUUUGUAUGUGUAGGUCUCUAUUUUAGGUCUCUACUGUUCAUGUGUUGUGCUGUUGUGUUGAGAAGCACUGGAAAAACUACUGUAUGUUGUAUAAUUUAAUCUUCACUAUACCAAGGAACUUAAUCAACCAAUACACCAAGUUGAGACUGUGUCAGUGGUCAUGGUUGUCCAUGUUGAUAAUUUUCCACAGGACUUUUGACUAUUAUUCCUGCAUGUUGUCUAUCCUAUUACUCAGUACUGACCACAACCAACAGGAUUGUAUUCACUUUUUUGAGUCCUCCUUGCCCAACUUUGUUGGUUCAAUUUAUUUAAUUUGCUGUUUAUUUUUAUUCUGUAAAAAUUAGAUUAUGAAAUAAAAUAUAUUUAAUAGAGAA